GCGCCGGGGCACCCCGCCUCCGGGGGGCUGAGGAGCGCAGGCAGCACAGCCGGGCAGCAGCAGCAGGAGGGCAGCGCCAUGACUCAUUUGCAGGCAGGGCUCUCCCCGGAGACUCUGGAGAAAGCCCGGCUGGAGCUGAACGAGAACCCCGACACCCUGCACCAGGACAUCCAGGAGGUGCGGGACAUGGUCAUCACCCGGCCGGACAUCGGCUUCCUCCGCACCGACGAUGCCUUCAUCCUGCGGUUUCUGCGCGCCAGGAAGUUUCAGCACUUCGAGGCGUUUCGCCUCCUGGCCCAAUACUUUGAAUAUCGCCAGCAGAACCUGGACAUGUUUAAGAGCUUCAAGGCCACAGACCCGGGCAUCAAGCAAGCGCUGAAGGAUGGUUUCCCCGGCGGGCUGGCCAACCUGGACCACUACGGCAGGAAGAUCCUCGUCCUUUUUGCUGCCAACUGGGACCAGAGCAGGUACACGCUGGUGGAUAUUUUGCGUGCCAUACUUCUUUCUUUAGAAGCCAUGAUAGAAGACCCCGAGCUGCAAGUGAAUGGAUUUGUUUUGAUUAUAGACUGGAGCAACUUCACCUUCAAGCAGGCCUCCAAACUCACACCAAGCAUGCUUAGAUUAGCCAUAGAGGGCCUUCAGGACAGCUUUCCAGCUCGGUUUGGAGGAAUACAUUUCGUCAAUCAGCCGUGGUAUAUCCAUGCCCUGUACACAGUUAUCCGGCCCUUCCUGAAGGAGAAGACACGAAAAAGGAUAUUCCUGCACGGUAACAACCUCAACAGCCUGCAUCAGCUCAUCCACCCUGAGAUCCUGCCUUCAGAGUUUGGAGGAAUGUUGCCCCCCUAUGACAUGGGGACGUGGGCAAGAACACUGCUGGACCAUGAGUAUGACGAUGACAGUGAAUGCAAUGCGGACUCCUACAGCACUCCUGCAAAGGAUAUAGAAAAGGACCUCUCUCCCAAAUCCAUGAAAAGGUCUCAGUCAGUUGUGGAUCCUGGGGUGCUGAAACGCAUGGAUAAGAAUGAGGAAGAAAACAUGCAGCCUUUGCUUUCGCUUGACUAACAAUUUUUGAGCACUGGACAUGAACUGAGGUGGAAGGCAUUGCCUCUCAGCAACAAGCAAGUCAUUGGGAAAGAGUGUAACAUCUGGAAUCCUAUUUUACUCACGUUAAUGUAGCAUAUUGGCAGCAGGUGUUACUAUUCUGCCUGAAUUCUGGAUGCCCUUUGGUGAAAAAGAAGUGGAGAAAAAAAAAAAAAGAAAAUUAAAUAAAAAAGAAAAGGAAUCAAUAAUUUAUUCUGUAAGUGCCAACUUGUUUGUAAAUACAAUAUAAUCCUCCAAUUUUACUUUGUAAGUUAUGGUAAACAAGUGCUAUGGAAAUGAGUGACUAUUAAAUAUGUCAGUGAAGUGCACCAUAAAAAAGAGAAGAAAAUGUGUGUGUUCUCACAUGUACACGCACACAUGCACAGAGAGAAAUGUACUGAACAAAGAAAAAUAUCAAAGCCAAUUAAAUGUUGUCCUUCCCAUGGGAAGCCAACUGGUACAUUGACUACUGGAUUUUUUCUGCAAUGCUCACAUAGUGUGGUAAGAUAAAGAGGGAAUAUAAGUACUUGGGAGAUGCUGUAAUUAGUGGAACGUGUCACAGCUGCAGGAAUUGGUUUCUCAAAUAACACUGGGGUUUAGGAUUGUGAUUUAGCACAAACCAUGUGCAUUGUGAGAAAGAUCACAGGUGAACUGGAACCAACUCUUGGAUAGCAUUGUCGUUUAGCUGUAUGGGACUCUGAGGUUUCUUCCUAACCUUUCAUUCACACAGGUAACCUGGCUUGGUACCAUAACCUGAGUGUUGUAAUGUGGGACACACUGGAGUUACUUCUCUUGCAUUUUGGGUGCACAUCAAGAAUUUUUCCAGAACUCUGUUCUCCCUUGGAGUGAGACAUUAGUCCUCUAAAUACAGUAUAAUAACCAGUAUCUGAAAGUAAAGCCUGGCAGCAGAGGUUGAUCACUGAAUCCUGUGUAUUGGGAGACUGGAUACAUAUAUAUAUAUAUUUUUACCAAUCUCUGACAAGCAUACAAGGUGACAUUGUUAGAUAAGUAUAUUUCAUUGAAGGUUUAUACAAGAAAUCAUACUUAUUCAAUGUACUUAGAUAUAUUAUAGAUUGUAUAUUGAGACACUGUCAUUAUUAAUAUAGUAAAACUUUCCAUAGAUCAACAGCAUCCCACUCCAAGCAAGUGAAUAAGUUGUAGUCUCAGCCUAUAGUUUAGGACACCUUUGUUUUGGUUGUAGUGUAACUGUAUAUCCUGAACAUGUGCCAUAAUAGAGAAAUACAUUUUACCUCAAAAGGGCAACAGGUUUCACUAGGGGCUGGGUAAAUCAGCUGAAACAUAGGGGCUCUGUUAUCUCUGUGAGCUGGCUGAUGUGUGUGCAGCCUGUGGUAUGCUGAGGCGAGAAUGUAGUUUCUUAUUAGGACUUAAAUCGACAGUCAAAGUGGGGAGACACACAGGGUGCCCAUCAAGAAAUAUGAAUAAUUAGAGGUAUUGUAAGAACAUGUUCAGGCAGUGCAGGGAUUAGUUAAGAAAACUAAUUCACAGGGGAGGUGAUAGCUCACAGCAACCCUGCCUCCCAAGUUCUAGAGUUUAAAACAUUUCUUCCAUCACUUCAGCCAUCAGUGAAGUUUCAAAGUUGCUGGUUGUAGGUCACCUCUUCUCAUCCAGGAUGAUUACAGCUGUAAGAUUUGGUAGGCUGAGAUGAGUUAAGUGCAGAGAGUGAAAACUUGAAAGUCUUGUCUCGAGUUUAGCUGUAACUCCUGUGGUGGCAGCUUCAGCCUUUCUCAGGGCUGAGACGACUCUGACUCUUCCAGCAUCACCCUUGAUUAGCCCAGGCAACACACAGAUAAAGCUUUCCUACUUCACAGGUCAUUAGCAGCACUGGCAAAUAGUGUAUGCCCUAAUACACCAUCACCUUGCAGGAACUUGUCUGAACAACUCACUGCCUUUCUGCUUUUCUAAUUCUGCUUUCAUGGUAGGGGUUAGGAAAUGCAGAGAGGAAAGAUACGGAGCCUGAACUUCUUAUCAGUCUGUCCUACAAGUUGUCAGUAGUAGAAACUGUCCUAAUGCUACUUCUGUGGUUUGAGAGACUUGAAAAAAUGAUCAGUUCUUAUGUGCUAUUUUAUUCAGUUCUGUUUUUUCACAUUCCUUGUAAUAUCAUGCUGUAUAAGUGAGAUGUGUCUCCAGUACUCGCAUAAGUGCCAUUUUUGAAUGUACAUUAUAUAUUUCCACACUUCUGGUUAGUAGAAUAGUAUAUUGUCAUAGUUAUGAUUUAAAAAUUCUUAUCCGAUAAAACUAAAACAUCAGUAGAAAUUUUCUCCUUAUAAGGGCUUCAGUAUUUAGUCAGUACUCCACAUGUAUACAAGCUGUGACACAGUGGUGAUCAAAAUUUUCAUGGAUCCUUUUAGAUACAUGGUCCAGAGUGGUGUAAGACAGCAGAAUGCUGAUUUCAGAGUACACCACCUGUCUAAUAAAAAAAUGCAAAUCUGUUCCACUGUGUAAAGCUUAAAAUUUGUUUUGAAGCUUAUGAAUUUUUGUUUGAAAAUCCUUUAUUUAUGCACUUAACUGUAAUUUAUGUAAUAGUUUCUGAUGUCUGAUUUCGGUUUUAAGGUAAUGAGUAUUAAUACAUUCUUUCCAAAAAAUGAGAGUUGGAUAUAUUAUAAUUUUGUGUAACUGGGACCUUAUUAUCUAGCAAGAGCAAAAUAGCUUUUUCAAUAAGAUUCUCUCUGUUGAAGAGUUGGGCUACAGGUCUUCUUGGCUGCAGCUUUUAUUUCACUGAAGCAAAUUCUGACAGUGGUAACUGCAGUUGUGACAUUGGAAAAGAAUAUGGAAAUGGGUAAGAGAAAUAAAUAUACUUUACCUGCUCUCAGUAUUCUUUGAAGACAUUUCUCUUUUACAUAUCAGGGUACAUAAAGGGUUCCGCCUUUCUUGUAGAAAAUCUUUAUAGGUAGUUCAAUUUUUAUUAGAUGAAUUUGGACUGAAAACUUUUUCCAAUCUUUAUUACCAUAGGAAUUGCAGUCUAAUUUUUAUAGCAGAAUUGAAGUGCUAAAAACAGAAUGCACAUGCUUGGGAGGAACUCCUCUUAAUUUCUUACCUUUCUUGUGUAUUGGGUAGAAUAAAACCUUCUUGUAAUCACGCAUGCUGAGAUGCAUAUAAAAUAUCCUGCAAUAUGAGGAACUUAGUGGAGAAUCUUGAUAUACCUGUCCAACUAUGUAAACAAAAGGAGGAUUAAAAAAAAGUGUAAAAAUUGAUCAUUUGGGGCCUUUGAUAAGAUCUAAAAAUAUCGUCGUACUUCUCCAAGACACAAAUGUUUAAAAAUAUAUGGAAAAGUUAUGGAAAAUUCCAUGACCAAAACCUCCUUGUAAUCAGAGAUAUCAAUAGACUUUUGGCUUUGUAGAGACAGGUAAUCAGACCCACUAAGCUCCAGCAAAUACACAGACUCCCUCCCAAUAGUUAUUAGUUGUAAAAUAGCUUGAGAUGUCUUUACAGGAAUGUAAAUUUACUGUAUAGCAUAUUUAAAAAGAUGUUUUGCACUCUAGAAACAUGCUAUGCCUAGUCACAAACUGAACACAGAAUUAAGGAAAAGAGGAGUAAAAGGGACCUCCAGAGGUCACUGAUAUGUGGAAGAGCAGAUCCACUUUAAUGUUGCUCUCAAAUGUUUUAGCUCAGUACCUUGCAUGGAAUGCUCUUUGUAUUAUUUAAUCACAGUCACAGCCAAGCCUAAGCACACUACCUGACAAAAUUGUAACCUGACAGUAUUUUGUUCAUGCCUUUUAUUAUUUUCCUCUUCUGUCUGGGAAAUUAAAGUUUGUCAAGCACCAUAAGAACUGCCCUUAGCAUUACUUGGAAAACACUUUGCAAUAAGCUUUGGUCAUAUCCCUGUUAUUAUACGGUUUUGUUGUGAUUAUCAAUGUAUGUAUUUGUCAAGUAUUUUUAUAAAGUCAUGUUUGAAAGAGCAUGCAAGAGAGAAAAACCAAAAUCAGUCAGGCUUCAGGAUUUUAUUUAGAAUAUUAAAAUAGGAUUUUAGGGGGAUACUGUUUUUAGAUUUUAUAAUUUUUAAUUGUGUCCGGAGAAUAUUUUGCUGUGCUAUUGGCAGUGUGGGGUUCCAAGACAAAUUUGGUAGAUAAAUAUCAAUAUGAAAGACAAGAGCAAAGGUCUCAAAGGAUUGUACUGAAAAGAACACUUAAUCACAUGGCUAGCUGGAUCAGGUCCCUCUAAAGAAAGGUAUUUUGUAAGUAGCCUGUGUGUGUGUGUACUUCUGGUGCUGAGAAUAGUUCUUUUGUCCACAAGCUUCAAAACAUUCUAUAAAAUUGAGAAAAAUAAUAGUUAUCCCAUUUCUCAGGUAGUAAAGCAAGAACUCAGCGAGUUAGAGACAUAUCUCAAUGGAAAACAUUUUUCUAUAUGGAAAAGAUGACACUUUGAUCACUCAGUCUGAUUUUAACUGAAGGAGAGAAAAUAAUGUGUCCCUAUUUUGUGUAAGAAAUCGAUUCACUUAUGCCUGGUUACUUUAGAACACUUUACCAUGAGACCUUUGAACUGAGGGUGAUCUGCUUCCCUGUGGAGUUAAAUCUGAAUGCACAUUUAACCAUUUCUGCUGAGGGGAUGGCAAAAAUGUGUAUGUCCCCCAAAUGAAAUGCUCUUCUUCCCUGUCUGUUGUUGGGAAAAAAAGGUAGUUUAAUCCAAAUGUCAGGGAAGAAACAAGAUACUUACCUCCCAUUAACUAUACAAGGAACAUCAGCAUUUUGUUUAGAGGCAUGCUCAGGUGACCCCAAAUGAAAGUGCAAGCCAGGUAGGCAGAAUCCCACAUCCUGUAUUGCCUUGUAACUUUGAAUGAUCCUGUGUCAAAAGUCUGUAUUUAGCAGAUUGAAUUCCUGUCAGACUGGAUUUCAGCUUUCAGUUGUGCAGGAAUUUUUUUCCUAUCAGCUUUUGGGAUCUUAAUAAGUUUCCUUCAUAAGGGUCUGUUGGCAAAAAAUGGCAUUGACCCCUGUUGGAUUGCAGGGUUUCCAGAGUGGUUUUGUUGUUAAAAAAUAACAGCUUGUGCAGGGCUGUGCAGUGGUGAAGUUGAAACAUGGGUCAGAAGUUCCCACUAUUUUGUCACUCCUCCUCCUGCGUGUUAGCUGCUUUGAUUGAUAAAAGACUGUUAACACUUGCAUGAUAUGAAUUUAAAAACAGAGAAAAAAGAGGUUUCUGCAGUGAGUUCAAAAUCUGAAUUGAUCAGCUAUUACUGUAGAAUCCAGGGGAUGGGGGGCACUGCUCACAGGUGUAAUAGAGAGACCUCCAAAGGAAGGUGCUGAUAAUUCCUUAUGGGACACAUUUUGUUAAAGUGUGGCCAAAGUAUUUUGACUGCACGGACAGUGGUCAGCUCAAUCUGUUCUCUCUGAAUAAGUGGCUUACAGAAAGUCCUCUUUGAUAAAGGUAUGACAAAGCAUCCUUUUGCAGAGAAUUCACUUCCAGAGAAUUGACAUAUCUGUCAUUUUGCAGUAGACAAAUGGCAGGAGUUAAUUAGGAUUUUUAUUUGAUAUGGAAAUGCUGCUGUGAUUCCUUAAAGAGGCUGCUGUAUCAUCAGCAACAAACAGCAGUGCCUAAAGGCAGGCAUCUCAAAUCAGGUCCCUUGGUUAAUAAAAAUUUAAGAGCAGAAAAAAUCAAGGGAAGAGAUUAUAGAAAAUGAUAAAACACAAUAAUUAAAAAAUCAAAACAGAAGCAAGUUUGCAGCAGAAAGCUGUGUGAAUGUGAUAGAAUUUGCAUUAACACUUCCAGGAAAUUAAUCAGUAGGCUAUUAUGAUCCCUCUACAUUAUGAGCAGAGUUUCCAUUUUUCACAUGGUCUACCAUCUAUGGCCACGAUGGAGUUUCCCAAAUCUUUAGAAAAUGAGCUACCAUGUAAAAUGGUAGGUGCUGUAGCUGAGCUUGUAAACAUGAUUUAAGUAGUCAGAACAUGACAGCAGAGCCUCACCUGUAGAGGGUCCCAGGAAUAUGAGGAGUGCUGUAUCCUGCCCUGGAAGGCCAUGGAAGCCAUGGAAGGAGAGAAUGAAAGGAACCCUAUGUCUGUGAGGAAAGGUGGCAGGAGAGAGAACAACAUUAGGGAUUUGGAGUGAACUGGUUAGCCAUUUUAACAGUGAGGGAGGCUUUCACCUGCUCCUACAAACCCCAUGACGCAUCUGUCAUCAGCAAGGAGAGAUAACGUUUCUCACUUUCCCACACAAGCUCAGUUUCAGUAUAUUUAAACCUGAUGCAUUUGCUAAACCUGAAGUGCCUCUGGUGCUGCUGUUUCCACGGUAGCUCCCAGGAUGUGGCUACCAUGUGGCAUGCAGAAGCUGAAAGGGUAGAGCCCCCCCAGCCUGUCCAUUGGAAAAGAAGGGAGGGACAUAUUCUGCUGCAGAGAAAAUUUGGUGGGAGAAUUCAGCACUUGCUCAAGUGACAGCCUGCCUUGCCCUGGCAUCAGUGUCUGCUCUGUGGGAAGCUGUGAGUGGAAGUGGUGAGAUUCCCAAAUCUCCCCUGGGAACCUUGGUGUCUUGUGCUAAUUAUGCAGCCUUCGAGCUGUGGCGGGUGAUCUGUGUCCCGUGUCUCUAAACACUGCUGCUGGUGAUGUUAAUUGUAGCCAUUAGUCACCCAGAGCAGAGAUGAUUUAAAGGAAACUGACAACUUUAAGCAUUGCACUUAAUGCCUAAGAAUAUUAAAUUGGUGAUUGUUACAAGUCAUGCCCAAGAUUAUGAUAACUUAAAGACUUCCAGGGUUUGGUUGCAUUGUAUCCUUGGUGGCACUUAGUGUAUUAUCACUUUCCUGUAAGUAUGGUUGUCCUUGAGGCUCACAUGCAUCUUUGAUGCAGCAAAGGUAGAAGGAAUUAAAUAGUAAAAAAUGUCAUUUUCAAGAUAUGGAUGUAUUCAGAGGGACACAUUUGGAUUACCUGACACUGUUAAAAAAUAGUUUUGCAGUCUGCUAGUGUUCAGCUUGAGAAUAAUGACUCUUUUAAAUAAUUUGCUUCUUACAGCUCUUUCACCCUGUAGAUAGCUGUGUGAAAUGUGUUCUGCAAAACAUUCCCAGCUUUUUAUCCCUUCUCUUACCCUCUUGUGUUCUACAGCAACCUGUCUUCUGUGUGUACUUUAUUCCAUGAAUAACAGAAGAAAACUGUAAAAAAACCCCAACUCACUGAUAAUCUGCGGACUAGAUCUUGAGGAUCAGUAUUUUAAAUAUUCCCCUUGUAUAAAUCUCUGGUUAACUGCGUGAGAUGGAAAAUGAGACCAAGGCCAACCACAUCAUAGGGGAAUACAAAAUGAAUGAUUCUGGCUAGGAGUGUAGAUGAAACAGCUCCUGUGAUUUAAGAUGUUACCUUCCCUGACUGUUGUCACUCUUCACGUAGAAACUACUGCCCCAACAUUUAAUCCACAUGUUGUGGCAGUACUCAUGUCCCAGUGAAGGCUGUGCACAAAUCAUGUUGACUUUGUUGAUUCUGCACUCAUGAAAAUACAAAACCACUCACAUUAUCUAUUAAUACAGCUCUGUUAUGAGAAUAAUGAUUAACAGCUAGUCAUGGUGACAUCUAAAAUUGCAGAUUGGCAAUCUGUGCCUUAAGGCUCUUGUGAUCUGUAGCACUUGCAUAGCAGUAACUACUGAAUAAUGUUCUUUUUGCAUGCAGCAAUCUACUUUGGAGCCUUAUGGAAAAUAUUAUAGCACCAUAUCAAAAUUCAAAAUUAAAUUACAGGAGUAAUUUACAAACAGUGCUUGUAUCCUCAGGAUAAAAUUUGUUUGUUUCUCAGUUUAGUACUGUUAGGACUCAGGGGGUCUGAGAUUUGUAAAGCCAGGACAAGUUUAUUAAUCAUGUUCUUUCUCUGUAAAGUUUCAAUAACUAUUCUCUUUUCACGACUUGUUGUCAGUUUGAAUUUUAUUCUUGGACCUAGUGAAAUGGUUAAUUUUGGUCUGUUGUGUUCUAACCUAAAGUCUGAAGGUAAAGCAACUUUGUGAAACAUCACUCUUUAUAUUGUAUAUUUAAAUAUCAUCGGUUCUCUGUGAUCAAUGGGCUGCUUUGGAGAGUGCUACUACUUUAAAUCAUCAUUGGUUAUUGAGGAAGAAUGACAUUCUGUUAAAUAAAAUAUGACCAAAUGAAAAUUAAAAUACAUAUAUAUUUUCGU